UAAGAGUCGCCUCCUGCCGCCGCCGCGACCCGCACCCCCGCCGCCGCCCCGCACCGCCCGGCCUGGCCCGGUCCGGUCCGCGCCGCCAUGGUGUCCUGGAUCAUCUCCCGCCUCGUGGUGCUGCUGUUCGGGACGCUGUACCCCGCCUACUCCUCCUACAAGGCCGUGAAGACCAAGAACGUGAAGGAAUACGUAAAAUGGAUGAUGUACUGGAUUGUAUUCGCCUUCUUCACUACAGCAGAAACACUCACGGAUAUCGUUCUUUCUUGGUUUCCCUUUUAUUUCGAACUGAAAAUCGCAUUUGUGAUCUGGCUGCUCUCCCCUUACACCAAGGGCUCCAGCGUCCUCUACAGGAAGUUUGUGCACCCAACGCUCUCCAAUAAGGAGAAGGAGAUUGAUGAGUAUAUCACCCAGGCCCGUGACAAGAGCUAUGAAACCAUGAUGCGAGUUGGGAAGAGAGGGUUAAACCUGGCUGCCAAUGCAGCAGUUACUGCAGCUGCAAAGGGUCAGGGAGUUCUGUCCGAGAAGCUACGGAGUUUCAGCAUGCAGGACCUAACUCUGAUCAGGGAUGAAGACGGUGUGCACCUGCGGAGUCCUGAGCCACGGCGGCAUCCCUCUGGUGGGGGCCUUCUUGAAACCAUUGACGAUUCAGCUUCUUGUUACUCUUCUGGAGAAGAAGCCAGCAUAGCACAGAGGUCUAAUGGGAUCCAGUCUGAUGCUAGAACAGACCCAUCAGAUGACGAUGCAGGAGACAAAAUGCCCAAACGUACUCAGAGUCUUAAAGCUCCAAAGAAAGUGACAAAAACGGAGCCUCCACUAAAGAGCAUAAAAGCUCGCCCCAAGAAGAAAGCUGUGGGUUCUGUUGCUGCUGGCGAGUCAGCCUAAGGAGACCUCCCCCACCCGUAUCUGUCCCAGGAUUCACCUGUUACUUUGAAGGGACACUCUCCAAAGAAGGGAGCUGAGAUUCAUGUACAUAACAGCUACUGCUUUGUAGAGCUCAUUCCAAGGCGAGGGGGUGGCUGGGAUUUGGCACACGGAGCAGAGGAUGCACAUCCUCAGGAAUUAUUUACUUCUUUUCAUCUCUUUUGGAGGGAUUGCUAAUAUGUCUGUACAUAGCCUGUUGCUUUGGGAUUCCCUCUCUGUGUAACCCUAAUAGGGGAAGCUCAUUGCUGAAAGAACUAAUUAGGGUUAGAGCCAUCCCUAGCACAGAGGCUGGAAAUAGGAUAUUUAAGAUGCAGGCCACUGAAAUUCCACUUAUGGUGGGGAGCUUCCCCACUAUGUCUUAGGUUGCCCUGGCUUUCCUUCUGCAGCUACAAGCUAAUGUUAGGAAUCCCCAGGAGCCAGAGUGACUGGUGCUGGUACCGGUGACAAUUCAAGCUCAUCCUCUUAGGGAAGGGGCCUGAAGGGAUAUGUACUGGGUGCUUUCCAGUGUGUGUGAUAACUCGUGUGGGAGAAGUGCAAUUGGCUUAGAGUUUCAGCAAGUGCUAUAGAGGCACUCGUGGGAGGUGAGGAUGAAGUGUGUGUGGCAGGGAGAGUGAAGAUUAGGGAGGGAGCUGAGAAACUAUUAAGUGACCAGUGGGGUGGUAUAGGGGUGGGUGUGUGGGUGUGGUAGAGUGUAUACAAGAAUGCUGGAAAAGUCACUUCUCCAGGAAAAAAAUGUGGUAUCCCUGGGGCUUGAUGGUCUCCACUUCAGAAGUCCCUGAAUGUAAUGUCCAAGUCCCUAGUCAGAUCUGUUGCCUGUAAGAAUCUCAAGUAGUGUGUGAGACAGCGAGAGAAUUGGCAGGGGGUGGGGGUGGACAGGGAGGAUGUUACUUUGCCACCCAGUGGCUGAAGUCCACAGCACCUCUGAUUCUACUUGUCCCAGAACUAAUCUGACAAAUUCUUUCAUCCUAACAGAUGACUGGAAAACGUGGCUCAAAACAGUCUGCAGACACUUGAGCAAAUAUGAGGUGGAGCAAUCCAGAGGCCCUUCUGUCCCAACUCCAGAAGGCUCCAGGAGAGCCAGUCCACAGGGCAGGAGAGCUUACAAAUAACUAAAGUAUGAAAACAUCAUUAUCCUGAUCCCAGAACUCCAUUUUUGGGUUGGGGGAGGGGGGGGGUCAAGGGGAGCACAGUAUCAGGAUUGAUCAAUCCUUCUGCUGCAUCCCAUUCCAGCCCUUGAGAACCAACUUCUCGUCUAUCUGACCAUGUGCCAUUUCCAUCAACCUGGGACCUGAGCAGCAUGUAAGACUCGAAUCAAAAAAACAUGUGGAUAUGGGAUAUGUAAUGUGGGAGUCAGACUUCAGUAAUCCUCACAUAGAAAGACUUUGAGGUGAGUCAGUCCAAACUAUGCUGGAUCCUAACCCCUCAGAAUAGGUUAGAGGAUUUUUCCCUUUUGGGUGAGAACACGUGCUACCCUUUACCUGUUACUAGUUCCAUUCAGAUUUAUGAUGGUGGGAAUUUCUUAUGUGAAGUAGCACCCCUCAUCUUGCUAGCUUUUAUGAUUUCCUCAGCAGUGAUUGAGGGAGCAUCCUUGAUGCCAAGGUAAGUAUUCACGUGCACAACUGCUAUCUUAGAGACUUGGAGACCUUGGUUUCUAUUGAGAAUAGCUGCCAAAGGAGUCUGAUCUCCCUGGCUGCUUCUCCUUAUUUAAGAACUAUGCUCUUUUGUAUUCAAGGUGUAGGACUUCCUUCCAAAUCUCUGUAUCCUGCUAUCACACUGCUAGAACUAGGACAGAGUUUUUAGUCUAAAAACCCUGUUGUUUUGUUGUAGGCAGGGUCUAGAACUUCCCCUGUAAUCCAGGUUAUGAUUACAUUUUCCGUCUACUGGACAGUUCUUAAGUUGCUCAUAACAGUAGAAGUGUCAUCUUGGGCUGAAAUUCUACACAUUUCUCCUUCAUCUGGAAACAGACUUUCUGGAAAGCUCAGCUGCUUUUGCAACAAGAGCUAGGGAAGACAUUUUUGCCCUUGGACCCAAUUUUGAAAAAUCAUAGCUUCAGGUUCUACAGCAGACAGUGGAAGGAACUUGUAAGAAACAGUGACUUAAUGAGACAGGGUGUGGAAAAACAUUCAUUUUAGCUUUUUAAAAAAGGGGAAGGAGAGUUCCUGCUCUGCUCUUAACAAGCGCUUCUGUUAUGCCACGGUUACAGCUGUGUGAACCUGCCUAAAUUAAGGAGGGUUAAAGUUGGAAUGGUUUUGCUACACUAGUUUCACUGCAGAAUCAGAGUUGCAUCAUAACUGCUUGCUCUGGUAUCUUUUGAUAAGUAUGCCAUUGAUGCAUCUGUCAUAAACCUUUUCAUAGUCUGGUGAAAAUACAUUUUGAUUUGGCUGAAGCUUUAAGAUUUAAAAAACGUACUCUCUUGCCUUUUAUCAAUUCCUAACCUGCCAGUGUUCCACUAGCAUUAUAUGAAAGUGCAUGUAUUUCAGUGGAAAUCUUUGGAGAGGAUUCAACUAUUUAACCAUUUUACAGACCCUGGGACUGUAAAGUGAAGAGAAACUUGUGUAGAAUGUUGUUUGGAAAAAGACUGGGCUUUGAAGGAUUGCUGUCCCAGUCUGUAGUGUACUGGGUAGAACAGAGCAAUUAACUCUCUACAACAUGCAGAGUGUUCUGCAUAGCCACAUUUUUCUAGUUUUAUUUUUUAAAAGUAAGUCUCCAAAUAUUGCAUUUAAAGAUCAUGGACUCAAGUUUGGAAUUGCAAGGGUAAAGUAGACUGUCCACGUGCUCAUCUUCCCCUUGCCCUCCUUGAGUUUAUGCUUUGCAUUAAUGUCUAAUUACAAAACCAUACUGUGAAUUUUCCAGAAGAGCCAUUUCAGAAACUGGGUGGUGCAGAGUGAAUGAGACGGAACUGCCUUGGGGAUAAGGCAGAGUUUCAUAGUAGGUAGGGUUGGAAGGGACCUGAGCAGAUCAUCAAGUCCAACCCCCUGCCCUGGGCAGGAAAGAAUGCUGGAGUCAAACGACCCCGGCUAGGUGAUUAUCCUGGCGGUCCUUUUGAAGACCCCCAGGGUAGGAGCAAGCAUCGCUUCCCUUGGAAGUUGGUUACAGGUCCUAGCCACCCUGACUGAAGUAGUGCCUCCUGAUUUUCUAGCCUAAAUCUACUCUUGGUCAAUUUAUGGCUGUUAUUACUCGUCACUCCCGGUAGUGCUCGGGGGGGGGCAGGGACUCUUCCAUAGCUUGCUGGUCCCUCUUGGCCAGUUUAUAGACGGCCACCAGAUCCCACCUCAGCCUUCUCUUGUGGAGGCUGAACAGGUUCAGGUCCCUUAGCCUCUCCUUGUAGGGCCUGCCUUGCUGCCCCCUGAUCAUGCGGGUGGCCUCCUCUGGACCCUCUCAAUGCUGUCCACAUCCCUCCUGAAAUGUGGUGCCCAGAGCUGGACACAGUACUCCACCUGUAGCCUGACCAGUGUCAUAUAGAGGGGGAGGAUCACCUCCUUGGACCUGCUCGAGAUGCAUCUGUGGAUGCAUGACAAGGUGCGGUUAGCCUUCCUGACCGCGUCCCCAUGCUGUCGGCCCAUGUUCAUUCUGGAAUCAAUAAUGACUCCAAGAUCCUUUUCUGCCUCUGUGCUGACGAGAAGGGAGUUCCCCAGCCUGUAGGUCUGCCGCUGGUUCUUCCUCCCCAGGUGCAGUACCUUGCACUUGUCAGUAUUGAAUCCUAUCUUAUUCUCAUCCGCCCACCCCUGUAACCUGUCUAGAUCUAGUUGCAGCCUGUCCCUCUCCUCCACUUCUCCCCAUAUUUAGUGUCACCUGCAAAUUUGAACAAGGUACUUUUCACCCCCUCGGCCAAGUUGCUGAUGAAGAUGCUGAAUGGUGUGGGCUUGAGCACCGAGCCCUGGGGGACCCCACUACCCACGUCCCUCCAGAUUAAAAAAGACCCAUCCACCACCAGUCUGGGUGCAGCCCUCCAGCCAAUUUGCAACCCAUCUGACUAGGCAUCAAUGCCACAGUCACCUAAUUUCUUAAUGAGAAUGGGGUGAGAGACAGUGUUGAAGGCCUUCCUAAAGUCCAGAAAGACUAUGUCCACCGUGACACCUGCAUCCAAGGAUUUUGUGACCUGGUUGUAGAAGGCCACCAAGUUGGUCUGACAGGACCUGCCUUGAAUGAACCUACGUUGGUUGCCCCUAAGCAUGAUUUCCCCUGCUGGUCCCUCGCAGAUGUGCUCCUGGAUAAUUUUCUCAGAAAGCUUCCCCAGGACUGAGGUAAGACUAACAGGCCUUUAGUUUCCUGGGUCCUCCUUCCUCCCUUUUUUGAAAACGGGGACCACAUUGGCCCUUUUCCAGUCCUCCGGCACCUUGCCAGAGCACCAUGAGUGCUCAUAAAGCUGUGCCAGGGGUCCUGCUGUGACCUCUGCCAGUUCCCUCAGCACUCUGGGGUAGAGAUCGUUGGGACCUGCUGACUUGAACACAUCUAGACCCACCAGAAGUUCCCUGACUAGGUCCUCUCUGACCCUGGGCUUUGCAGCGCCUCGCCUGGGUCCUUUGGGGAUCCCAGUGGGGGGGAUGCCCCGGUCCCUGCUCAAAAAGAUGGAGGCAAAUAAAUUGUUAGAAGUUAGCUUUGUCAUCUGGUGUGACCACCAGAUUUCCUAGCUUAUCCUGCAGAGGUUCUUUGUCAUCUGUGGCACAGAGGUUGUUUGAUGUGCAGUUUAUGGGGAAAGAGACAACUAAGAAUGACUUUGUUCACUAUGUACUUCCCAUUCUGCUCAUUUGAAUGGGUGAUUGACUCCUUAGAUUAUAUAAUCAUGAAGUUAAAAACUGUAUUGUAAUGACUACAUAUAUUAGGGCACAGCUAAGGGUGUAUUGACUUAACACUCUCAAGUCCUUAUGCUUUAGUGCUUUACUUUGUUGUCUUCAAAUCCAUUUACCAUGGCCUUUUGAAUGAUCCCAGUUACCAUGUUUUCUCACGUACAACAUGCACCUUUUCCUCAAAAAAAGCAUCCCCCAAGAUUGGGGUGCAUGUAUUAAGCAGGGAAGCUAAUUCUCUGCACGCAGCUGGAAGUACUCGAGUUUGAUUCCUGCUUUACAGUGCAGCAACUAUGGUAUGGUUCAGACAGCUGAGGGAGUCGGCUGACUUCAUAAUUCAUUGUUCUUCAUUCUACAGGUGUUAAGAUUGUCUCCUUUUUAAUGGUCUUGAACGUUCCACUAACCAAGGUGGCCUUUCUUAGGGCAGUUUUACUGUCUGCUUACAGCUCUCACUCUCGCUCAUAGCUCUUUUGCUCAGACUCUUUAGCUGUUUAGCUGAUUCUUUAGCUCUCUUUAGAAUUAUAGAUCCACCCAUAGAGACUGUUGUAGCAUGCACAGGAUGGUGGAGUCUACCAGACUCGGUGGCACCAGAAGCUAGUAGUCCAGCACAGCCCAUAUGUUCUGUUCUGUGCCUCCAGUGUCUAGUAGGUUUUUGGCUAGGGAAAACAAAACUACCCCCAACCACGUGACUGACCCAUGGUCCGGUUGUUACCCUAAUUAUAUGGAUGGACGGUAAUGGACAUAAGCUCUCUUCCUUAAUGAGAACAUUCUUCAUGCUGCUUUAGUAAUACGUUUUCACCAGUUGGUGCACCCAGUGACAUGAUUAUUCAGCAGGAAAUGCUGAAGCUUGGAUAGCUCUUCCCUCGGUAGCGUUCUUGGGCCUCAGUGUGGUGCAUGUGGAUUUUUCAAUUUUUACAUUGCAGGACUACCUAUUUUGCUCAGUAGCAGCCUUCCAGCCCCACCUGCUUCUCUGCCGAGGUGCAGAGAUGUAAGUGGAAUGAUAGCAGGGGAAUGAUCCUUGAGUCUUGCGUACCUUUUUUACAGUAAGCCAUAGGCCUGCAGAGCAAGAGUUGUGCAUUCCCAGGACAGAGUAAAGCAAAACCCUACUCACAAAUGCUGUACCCUUGUACCAUGUGACAGCGGGAAUCUGGGUUCUGCUGCUAAAGAACGAAACCUUCUCUUUAUGAGGUGUGCUGGCUUCGUAACCUCCCCCUUUUUUCAGUAAAAUGCACCGUCUGGCUGCCUGCAGAUUACAGCUGCGAGGAAAUACUGUGUUUUUGGAAGUUGUAUAUAGUUACUCAUCUCAGGAGUAAUGGUGUACCUGUCUGACAUAAAAUCAUUAGCAGGAGUAAAGGCCUUAGUUCAUUUCAUGGUAUUUCUGGCAUCCCCCCUCCCUUUGCAGAAUACAGUUUAGUAUUUGAUUGAUUUAGUUUUCAUUAACUCCCUUUUCUUGGUUGGUAGGAAUUUAUUGGAUAGAAGGGAAUGUUGGUGAUUUCUGAGAGUGGCAAAGCUUAUUAAAGGAGAACCUUCUUUCCUCGGCCUGGCGUGUCUCUCUCUGCCUCUGUCUCUGUCUGUCUCUCGGUAUUUAUGGACCCUCUCAGCCUCGUUGUCUGAGCUCUCCUGGGAAUAUACUUCUUCCACGCAUCUAUCGCUGUUGCUCAUUGAAGAGCUAGGAUUCUGAAGGGACUUGUAUCCAUAGUCUUUCUGCAUUGAGUGAAUUCUUGUUUAGGUCUGCACCUGAGAGUGCAAGGCACCUUGGUGCAGUCUUGUACAGUACGGAGCAGACAGCUGCUGACUGUCAGUAGAGUCUCACUUCUUCCCUCGUGAGGUAGUGUCCCACUGCCUUACUGAGAGAGGCCAUGUCAUGCACUCUUGAGCCUGAGAACCCCUGUCCAGUUGCCUGCUGGGAACCCUGACCCCUCCCAACCUUCAGGGCAGUGAUGGACACCCAGGUUUUGCUGCUUUGAAGUAAACUUCAUCUUGCUUACUUUGAAUAUUCCCAUGGCCAUUGCUGAUGGAAACAGAGCACACCAGACCUUCUCUGCUGCCUAAUAUGGACAUGCUGUAUCCUGCCCCUUGAAAAAUCAUCCUCGGUCUGGAGGGAAAAUACCCAAGUUUUUCUCAUCACCUCUUCCCUCAAGCGACUAGGAAUCCAUGUCCUCUACUUGGUGGGCAGCUUGUUGUGCCACUCCUUGGUUUUCUCAGUAAAGACAGGGAUGUGGAAGACCAACAAAGUGUUCUGAAAGCUAUGUAUGUGUGUGUCAGUCGCUGAAAGGGCUCUGGAGCCUAUGUGUGUGUUCGCAUGUGUUAGUGUUUCAGAGAGAGAGAGAGAGAGAGAGAAUGCACGUGUUCAUUCAUGUAUGUACAUUCAUCAGUGUUGUUUUUGGGGGGUCCCUGAUCAUGUUUUGCCUGAAACCAGGGUUUAUGCAAAGAUUGGGGAAGCCUAGUGUUACAGGUCCUUUAAGAUUUCAGACACUGUUAUAAAUGUCUCAGUCAAGCCCGGGGACCCCUAGAGAAGUCUUAAAGUGCUGUCCGGAGUAAUUUGUCUUUAGGAACAGCUGUUUGCAUAGUGACUGAUAGAGCCCCUACAGUCUUUGUAACAGCAGAAAACUUUAGACAUGGGGUGUGGUGGGAAAUUGUGGGGGUGUCACACUGUCAGGGUACAUCAACAAAUAUAUUUGAAUCAGUCUGAGCCUCAACCAAGCACAGCUUCCACUCAGCAUCCCACAAGUUAGAGCCUGGCUGCCUGUGGCACUUCUGAUUCUUCCUGUUCUAUAGUAUGAGCAGGACUGAAUUUUCUGCAAUCAAGCUUUUGCACUUAAACAGUAAUGACAAUUUCCCUUCAGCAGAGCAAUGUAUCUGCAGGGAGGGCUGGACAGAUUUAAAGUCUUUUUCAACCAGUGGCUUAGAUGCACUGUGCUGGUCAAGCGCCAAGAAGGGGAGAAUAUCCAGCCGGAGUUUUCCUGCAAACAUCUAUUUCUUAGGCUAAACUGCUUUUUCAGGGGAACAGAGUGGUGAACUGCACUGCUGCAAUGCUGAGUUUCUGAAGAUGACCGUUUGGAAAAAACGUUGUAGCAAGGCCAAUAAUCAAACUACAAUUGUUCUGUUUGCAAUGAAAAGUUGGAGUUGGAAAUAAUAUGGAAUGUAGACAAAAACCCA